UCCAGUCUCCACGUUCGAAGUUACAAAUUAUAUACAAUUGUUAUAUGCUUGUAUUUGUUGAGGGGCUUGCCAAGUUAAUGAGAUUAAGACAAGACGCUUAUCAAAACGUUAUGGUCGCAAAAAUAGCAUCGUUCUCUGGACGGUCUGAAGUUUUGAAACAGACAUUUUCUGCGAUUGCCACUAUCACGGUGGUGGCAUCAGUAUGUGAAACCAUUGCGUCAACUUCGUCCCAUGGACAGCAUGGCGAGGCGAUGUACUUGGCCCUCCCCCACCGCGCACUAGUCGGUCACGCCAUCAGAAACUUAUCGGGGGUAUCGCUGGUCCGGUGCUCGGCACUGUGCAUGAGGGAAAACGACGUCCAGUGCCGGUCCUUCAACUACGAGGAGACCGGCAAGAUCUGCCAGUUAAAUGACGCCAGGGUCGAAGAGUUCUCUGGGAGUUUGGAGCAAAAUAGUGCCUUUUCGUACUACCACAGCGUGCAAGUUGAGCAGGCAACCAGGAUGUGCUCAGAAAUUGAUGCAACACCAGCGAAUGCUCCUGAAUGGCGACUGGUGUUUAAAGGUGUAGCGGGGACCGGAUUGAAGUUGUACGACAUGUGGACUACCGCAGCUUGGGACGCAAGCGCGAUGGGAGGCAGUGGGAGUUGUCGGAAUGAGUUGUUGCAUAGUGCCUGGAAGAACAGCGAACUGGUCGUACGGCGCGUAAAACUCUCCCUGUACGAUUCCAGUGGAUGCAGAGCCGAGUUGGUUUUCAAUGGAAUUGGAUCUGAUAUCCUUAACUGGUUCAGUAAGGAACGUCUUAUCACCAGCCCAUGGACGGACCUGAAAUCAACCAAAACUAAUUACUUCAGCAUUAGAGGACAGACCAAAGAAGACCGGCGGUUCUUCAUCAACCAUAAAUUCGGAGCAUGCGGAGGCGACAGCGGUUGGCUUGCCGUAACUGAAUCCAAUCGCCCCGUUGAUUGUGAAUGGGAGCGAGCAACCGAAGAUCUUCCCUACUCAAUCAUAUCGUAUAGCCGAAAAGAUAGUAGAGUGGACUGGCCAGUGCUAACUGAGGUUGGACGUGCAGAUUACUUGACCAUAGACGUUGAUGCCAAGUAGGAAUAUUUAAGGUGAGGUGGAAAAUGAAGUGCGAACAACAACCUCUGGGCGUCUGGAUUUUGUUUCAGGGAAUUAAACAUUUUAAUGUGUUGUCAUGUAUGAACAGUUUGGUCUGAAAGGCUUCAAAACCAUCGUUUGAACUGCAGGAAAUUAACUACAAAGUAAUCUUGGAGACGUUUAACCCUAAACGAGCCGGGAGCAGAAUCCACCCUCUCGAUUUUUUUUUGCUGAUUUCGCCAUGAUGUAUUUCUUUCAGGACUUAAGCCUUUAAGAGUUUUUAGAGUAACUCUUUGCGGUCAUCUUGACACUGAUUUUGUGAAAAUCAAACCGUUCUUGUGCAACACGCAUUUUUCCGAGACAGGUCAGCCACAAAUUUAUACGGUUGUCACGGUGGGUCUCAAUGCACGCGGGCUGGCACGCAUGUAGCAUUGAACUUCAAAUAACUCUAACAACAAUACCACAAGUUUGAUUGGGUUUAAACUUCACAUUUGUAAUGAUAAAGACUGUCUUUACGUGCAUAACAAGUUUCAAAAACAUCGAGUGAGGCACUAUACCAGGCAAGAUAUAGGACGGAGGGGUACCCCCCUUACCUGUCCAA